CCCAUUUAUGGUAUUCUAGUUCUUUCUUUAAACCCUAGCUAUAUAAACAAACCCACACACAUUAACACUCUUCUUCAAUAUCAGCUACUCGCAUCACCACCACAGCUACAGCUAGGGUUUAUUCAAGCUUCAAGAGCAGCAAAUCAACCGAAGCCAUGUCGAGGAGAAAGACCAGAGAACCCAAGGAAGAGACAGUUACCCUUGGACCAGCUACCAGGGAGGGUGAAUUGGUCUUUGGUGUUGCUCACAUUUUCGCCUCUUUCAACGACACUUUCAUUCAUGUGACUGAUUUGUCUGGACGUGAAACAAUGGUUCGCAUUACUGGUGGAAUGAAGGUGAAGGCUGACAGAGAUGAAUCUUCUCCUUAUGCUGCUAUGCUUGCAGCACAAGAUGUUUCUGUACGAUGCAAGGAGCUUGGAAUUAAUGCUCUUCACAUUAAGCUUCGGGCUACAGGAGGAAACAAAACUAAGACUCCUGGUCCUGGUGCCCAGUCUGCUCUUAGAGCCCUUGCCCGUUCUGGAAUGAAAAUUGGUCGCAUAGAGGAUGUUACUCCUAUUCCCACUGACAGUACUCGCAGAAAGGGUGGUAGAAGAGGAAGGAGGCUGUGAAUUCUUCUCAGCAACAAACUUGCUGCAUGGCAGAAUAUUUUGGUUAAGGAUGCAACUUUGAUUUUGUUUUACAUCUUAGAUUUGAGCAUUUUGUAGACCGAGUACAAGUUAUUCUGACUUAUGAUCAUUUGGAGCUUUUGCAAUAUUGUGAGAUGGAAAAUAUUUCGUGGAGUUGGAUUAGUAAUUUGUCUUUGCCGU